GGGUUGGUGUGGGUUUGGUUUGUCUUGUUGUUUGAUUUACACCUUCGGAGUACAUGACGGAUCUAGAAUAUCCUAAGAAAAUAAUUCGAUCAUGUGUCGAUAUGCACCCUGCAAAAGACAGGUGUACCUAUAUACUAAUACAGGCAAGUGGGCACCACCAUUGAUCAUCAACAACCCACGUCCGAUCUCGGUGCCCAAAUCACAACAAUUCCAAUACUACUACAAUAUCUCUACAACGUCACCAGCAAGACGUACCUACAGGAACCACCAGACACGCAACCUCCCCAACCCAGCAGCACGCCAACCCCAAACCCGCAAAAUGUCAUCAGCACCAACAUCAACAACGCCAGCCCCGCAACCAGACCCCCGCUACGCCCAACUCUUCCACGACCUCUCAACCCGCUUCGCGCAAACCUCCCUCCCUCCGGAGAAAUGGUACAUCCUCGCCAUUUCCACAAUAGUAGCCAGUCCGGACCCAGAACGCUGCGACCAGCUCUACCUACACCUAAUCAACCAAGCCCCCUACAGCACCCCCUCAGCUAGACAAGCACUAGUCCGACGCCUCCGCGAAGCCCUCUUCAAAAGCAUCAUUAUCGUAGGCGUGUGCAAACCCAUCGAAGCAAUCCUAGCAAUCAGCAAAUACGAACGCGAAGAAGACAAAGACUACACCUUCACGCGAGAGAACUGGCAAUGCGACCAGGCCAACCAUGACCGCGGCGUAGCGUGGCUGGAGAAGCUGUAUGCGCGGAACACGACGGGGACGCUGGACUUGUUCCGCGCGCAUCAGGAUUUCGGGUGGUUGUCGAAGGAGAUUACGUAUGGGUUGUUUUUGUCGGAUCGGGGGGUUUUGGAUGAUCUGGAUACGCAGAUGGUGGUGUUGCCGGCUAUUAUGAGCCAGAAUCUGAAGAAUGAGACCCAUUGGCAUAUUCGGGGGACGAGGCGGUUGGGGGUUAGCAUGGAGGAUGUGAAGGUGGUUUGGGAGUGUAUUCAGCUCGUUGCUGGGUUUUAUGGGGUGGUGUUGGAUAAAGUGCCUACUGUUGAGGAGGUGGAAAGUGAUGUUUGAUUUUGGGUUGGGGGGAAUGGUUUUGGGUAUAUAGAUUUGUCUGUUUACGACUGAAUGUGAGCCUAAUAGAGGAAUGAGUAGAGAAAUGCAUUUUAG